CUGCCUGUUGUGCCAAAAGAGGACAGACGCUCAGGCGCUUGGGUUGGAGGCUCAGGUCUGAGUGUUAACUGAAAACUGUUGCAGUUAACCUUCAAAGACAGCAGCACAUUGACACUGGGGUCAGUGGCAGCUUGGAAGACGUUUCCCCAAUAAUCCUCAUCCUUCAGGGUCCGCCACCUUCAAAUCAGAAUGGAAGCUCAAGGUGACAAACCUCACACCUGUGGGACAAUUUGUCUGAAAUAUCUACUUUUUCUAUUCAAUAUUCUUUUCUGGGUGGCAGGAGGAGCUGUCCUGACAGUGGGAGUGUGGACUCUGGUGGAAAAGAGCGACUACAUCAGUUUACUCAACUCCAGCUUUUACUCAGCCUCAGCUUACAUCCUGAUAGCUGCUGGGGUCAUCGUCAUAGUGACCGGAAUAAUUGGAUGCUGUGCCACUCUGAAGGAGAUGAAGAGUCUUUUGGUCGUGUAUUUGAUCCUGUUGCUCUUUAUUUUCCUGCUGGAGAUCAUUGCUGGUGUCCUGGCCUACAUAAACUACCAAGAGUGUUUCCCUCUCUGCUACCAGCUGGACGAGGAGCUCAGACAGAACCUGAAGGUGACCAUGCAGCAGAAAUACCAGCAGCCGGGAGAGGAGAGCGUCACGCAGGCUGUGGACAAGCUUCAGCAGGAGUUUAAGUGUUGUGGCAGCAACAACUUCUCAGACUGGACGGAGAGUGUGUGGAUCCAGGCCGCAGAUAAUAAGCGGCUCGUUCCUGACAGCUGCUGUAAAACUCCCAGUGACCUCUGCGGCCACAGGGACCACCCCUCCAACAUCUACAAGGUGGAGGGAGGCUGCAUCAUGAAAUUAGAAGAUUUCAUCCUGAGUCAAUUGUAUAUUCUCGGUGCAGUGGGCAUUGGGAUUGCAUUUCUCCAGCUUGUGGGGAUGAUGUUUACUUGCUGCCUCCAUAAAAAUUUGAAAGACGAUCCAUACUGAUUAUUUUUUUUUAAAUAUCACAAAAUGUGUCAUGUCAUGAAUCAUACAAUGUUUUAAUGACAUUUGAAUGCCACGCAUUAUUCACACAGUUCUGGAUGCUGUGUAGUUAAAAAUCCCUUCAAUUUAUUAAAAUUAUGAUUUUCACAAUGAAAACAGUACUGCAAUGCUGCUGGACAGCACUGUUCGCUCUCUCUUUAUUAUAAUGCAUGCUUUUAACCCUCAGAAUUAUUUUCGCACAAAUAAUAAAAAUUCUUUCAUUUUCAUUUUUAAAAAAUCGAUGCGAAAAAACUGUUGGUACUAUUGUUUUUUGUAUGUAUGUCACAGUGAUUAACAAAGUAAUCAUUUUUUAAAAAAAAUAUAUAAAAUUGUAUUUGUUGGAAUGCAAAUAAAACCUACUCCCUUAAA